AUGGACUCUCCCCAAGAGGAGCGUAGCUUGUUCGAUCAUGUGACCUGCAACAUAUCAUCUUCAGUGGAUGGAGUGACAAUCCCUGGAGCUCUUGGUUUGGAUUUGAUUGAACAGGCUGAAGUGGAAGUUGAAAGGCUUGAUCAGCUUAAGGCUAGCAGGAUGAAGGAAAUUGCUUUUAAGAAGCAAGCUGAACUCGAAGAGAUUUUUGUUCAAGCUCAUAUAGAAAUUGAUUCAGAGGCUGCUCGAGAAAAAAUAACGGCACUUAUUGAUUCUGGGAAUGUUGAGCCGUCUGAAUUACUGGCUGACAUGGAUAAUCAGAUAGUAAAUGCAAAGGAAGAAGCCCUGAGCAGAAGAGAAAUAUUGGACAAGGUGGAAAAGUGGAUGUCGGCUUGUGAAGAAGAGAGUUGGCUUGAAGAUUACAAUCGGGUAUAUAUCUCUGUUUCCUCAACAUGUACCACAACUCACAGGCUUAUUGGUCAAAAUUAUAUUUUUGGGCAUUAG